UGACUUGCAAUAUGUGGAAUAUAUCAAGAUUAUUUUAAAUGAGAAUGUUUUUGAUGUAAACUCUUUGUAUACUUUCAAACCUAAUCAGCAAGAAAAGAGACCUAACGAGAGGAAAGACAGCAGCGGGAACUAACAAGCUUUAGGGAUGUAGUAAAUCAAAAUGUUGAUCUAUGUGUAUGUAUACAUUGAUAAUUUGGAAAAGGACUGAAGGUCUGUAUAUCCUACAGCUGAACUAUCUUCAUUAUAAUACUUAAGAUCAUGUCUAAGGGUCGAAAAGGCCCUGCUUGGGUGCAGACCCUUCCCCAUUGCAUGUGGAGAAGUUAGCUGGGGAUUGGCUAAUUUGUAUGGAAAUUACUAAAUAAUCUUAAUAGAGGGGUUGACCUUGGAAAAACACUAACUCUGAACUGCUGUAAAUAAUAGCAUGCAAAUCCAGUGGGGUGUGUUGGGAUUUGUGGAAACCCAACAAGCAUCCAGGCUUGUGUAAAUAAUAUCUCUCUCAAGUGUGUAGGUAUUGGCUUGUUGCGCACCACAUAGUAAAUCAGCUUUUGAAGACAACAGGACUGAUUAGCCUUGAGAACACCCAGAGGUCCAGGCUACACCAGGAGAAAUCAGCCACAUCCCUCCCCACGCUUCUUGUUGCACCCCGAACAGAACCAUUCCGGAUAGCUUUUCCUAUGUGAAGAUGCCCUGAGGAGCAAGCCUGCCCAAGGAACAGAUCUUCCACCAGCCAGAGGGACCCGGUGACCCAGAAAUAGAGACUUUACAGAUUAAUGAAAAAGCAGCCUGCUACGUACAGUGCAGCUAGUGCCUCCUUCUUUUUUUUUUGUUUUUCAUCUUUUAUACAGCCUGUAGCAUCACAUUUCUGUUCACAUGUAUGAACUGUACACUCACACAUCUUUUCAAUGUAAAGGCCAUAUAUGUAUCAGUAUGGAUGGAUGUCAUGCUAAUAACCAUUUGUUAGUAGUAGGAUACAUCAGCAGAUGAUGCUGAAGAAAGGGAGCAAGCAGGCUUUCUGGGUACUAUCUCCAGUAUAAACUACCAUCAGCAUUACUGUAUUAUAACAAUGUGCAUUAAGGGAAAAUACUGGCACAGGCUGGCCAGGACAGUGAUGAAGUCACCGUCCCUGGAAGUGUUCAGAAAACAUGUGUAUGUGGCACUUGGGGACAUGGCAUAGUGGUGACCUUGUCACUGCUGCAUUAAUGGUUGCACUCCAUGAUCUAAAAGGGCUUUUCCCAAUUUUUUACAAUUCUGACCCUUUAUUACGAAAAGUGAAAAGGAAAGGAGGAGUGGCUACCAAAUUUUCUUCGUUUGGUGUUAAAUUUUAAAGAAGGAGAACACUACUAACACUUUUCAGUUAAUUCGCCACAUCAGGUGAAGGCAUGAAAAAGCAGGAUCCACUGGGUCUACCUGAAGCUGAAGGGCACUAACAAGCAGCUAUUAUUUAUUUGGCUAAAUCCUGUAACCCGAGACUUUGCGAUGCACACAAGAGACGGGUGAAUGCUGCUGGAUAAGAGCCUCAAGCAGCCAGACUAAAGAUUUGAUGAAAUGCUCCUGUUCUGAUACUUUGCAGCCUGUAGAAGUUGGUUACCUGAUCCUCUGCUGUACCUGAGCCUCAUUGUUGCAGCUUUUAAUAACUGAAUAUCCAGACGACCUAUAAAGGUGCCUUUGAGGAAAGAACUGACAAGAGUCAGUUUUCCCAGCUCAAAAUGGGCAACAAGCAAACCAUUUUCACUCAAGAGCAACUGGAUGCAUAUCAGGACUGCACAUUUUUCACAAGGAAAGAAAUUCUGAGGCUGUUUUACAGGUACCGAGAUCUGGCCCCACAGCUCGUUCCCCUUGACUACUCCGACAAACCAGCCGUGACACUCCCCUACGAGCUCAUCGGCAGCAUGCCAGAGCUCAAGGACAACCCAUUCCGCCAGCGGAUAGCAGAAGUGUUCUCAGAGCACGGAGACGGCAAUAUGACUUUAGAUGAUUUUUUGGACAUGUUUUCUGUGUUAAGUGAAAUGGCUCCCAGAGACUUGAAAGCUUACUACGCUUUUAAAAUUUAUGACUUCAACAAUGAUGAUUACAUAUGCAAAUCAGAUCUGGAGAAAACUGUCAACAAAUUAACCCGAAAUGAACUGACCCCAGAAGAAGUCAGCCUUGUGUGUGAAAAGGUGAUUUACGAGGCCGAUGUGGACAACGAUGGCAAGCUGUCCUUGGCAGACUUUCAGCAUAUGAUCACACGAGCUCCAGAUUUCCUCAGCACCUUUCAUAUUCGAAUCUAAAUCUAGUCGACCAUGGGGACAGGAACUCUUCUGGGACUUCCAACAACUCUUACUUCACCUGAGAUGGUUCACCAACCAUGAAAGCACAAGAUGAGAGGGCCAAAGGGGAAAAUUUCUGGUACCUGAACCAGUCAGAGAACUGUCUUUCAUUUAUGUCCUUAAUGAAUUGUUCCUUUUAAGCUCUUCAUCAGGAUUUCCCUGUAAUUUAGCAAAAUGUCUAUUCCCUAUCAUCAGGUAGAGCAAACCUGGCCUGGGCAGUCAGAAGGGGAGUAUUUUUUUUAAAGUUCACACACCACCAGGUAGUAAAGGAACUUGUAUCAAGCUAUAACCUCUAAAAAUUCACCUAAAAACACCUUAACCAGCAAAAAAAUCCCUUUAGUCUCAAAAAUGCAAGUAACUCCUAUGGUUAUUUAUGGUCUUAAUAACUGGUCCAGUGAAUCAAUUCCUUAAGUAUUCUCCCACAGUGCAGGAUUAACAAUGAAAAAGUCAGCAUAGUUUAGAGACAAGAGUCUACCCCAGGUCCUGUCCCUCUUCUUCAUUUUCAGAAAUCUCGUAUUUUCCACACCCACCAGGGUGCCUAUAUACUAAUAAUGAAAAGGACUGAAAACUAAGUUUGCAAAAUUCUCUUUUCAAAAGAAGUUUAUUUAUGCAGUGUUCAGGGUCCUGUACAGGAGAGUAAAAACAGACAUACUGUAAUAAACAAGUUUUGUUUUAAUACAAACAUGAAAAUCAAUGAGAAGUGUUUAAGAAAGCAGUUGUAAUGUGGAAAGGGUGGCAGCCAAAAGUGAUCAUUCAAAAAAUACAAUUUACAGUUAUUUUUACAAAUCCUGGGAUGCAUUAAACUCCCUUCAAAACAAAGCUGUAAGUCCCAACUCACACUCAAUGUAGAGCAGAUGAUUCCUGCAGAAAGGCUGGAGUGACCAGUUAACCAGCCAGUUACCUUUAUUAACCACAAAACCUCCAGGGAUCAGUGAAGGAUGGGUCAGGUAAUAAGGCAGCCUGGAACACUCAGACUGCAGUUACCAUUCACGUUCCUUUGAACAGAUCUUUAAUUAAGCUAGAAAUGAAGACACAAGUUAGUCAUCAUUCUUCCCCAAGCCCCACAACUUCUACAAGUACAAAGGAGCCCAUCCUCACACAGCUGCUUGUGCAUAUCAGCAUCUCAUAUGAAAGGAGAGACCAAAUAAUUUUCAGCAGCAGUAAAGAGACUUACAAUAAUCCAUAGGAUUUAUAAAUCUGAGGCUGGAAGUCUGAUGCUGGCAUAAGGUUCUGAUGUCAGGAAACAUGGGCUGUGCCUGUCAGUACAGGACACAGACAACAUCAGUGUUAAGUAAGUGUUAGAACAACAGCUCCACCACUUACUGACAGACUGACAGGUCUCCACCCCAAGGAGUGGACAACUAUGCAAAGUACUGCAACCUGCCUCAAUAAUAAAAUCAACCACAGAAUUCCAUGAUACUCACUAAUAUAAGGGAAUUUGAGAACAUGCUAAAAAAUGGGUUUGUUUCUCUACAAAACAGAUGUUGAUCGAUUACCUGACAUUUUAGCGCUAUGUAGACACUGAGAAUGAGUAGUAAGCACAGUUAGUUUCAAUUCCUUCAAUUCCCCAGUUUUACAGAUUUUGUACCCAAUUUCCGAUCUUUUUUUCCUUCCUUACUUGAAGAAAGCUUAAGCCACAAGUAGAUUAUUGUAUGUAUCUACACAGUACCUCUCUGACAAUUGCAUUUUUCUUUACAUUCAUAUUUAAUAAACACAAUAAAGUAAUUGAACGAUGUGAUGGAACCAAACUGCACUUCUCCUAGAUUUAAUGCCUGUGUUUAGUGACACAUAGCCCAUGAGCACUGCAGUGUCUUUAACCUUUUCCUCUUACACUUGAAUUUUAGGUUUCACGUUGCUUACACAGAUUUCAUGUCUGUGUAGAGCCUUCAUAUCCAGAAGUACAGUGAUGACUGUAGUCACAGUAACUGUAUGAGACUUCCUGAGAUCAAGCAAUAAUGUUGUUGUUCGUAAACCCAACCAUUUCAAAGGAAAUAAUGUUAUAAUUAGGCACAUAAUCACAUGCAACAACCAGCGUAAGUUUAAACACAAGGUAUUCACAUACAAAUAAUUCUGAAUGCAAGAGUAACCUCAGAUUUAGUGAGUGAAUGAUCACAAUACUAUCCUUCAUGUUUUACCCACUUGUAAAUGAAUAUGGUUUGCUUUCCCAUCUUGAGAUCAGUUAUUGAUACAGUCCACAGGCAAGAACCAGUAUCAUGGCAGACCCAUGCUAUCAAGUCAGAUAAAACACCAAUUUUUCCAGUCUCUCUGGAAAAUAAAUCUGGCUCAACAUCUGGCCGUAUAAAGCACAAGACAGAUGCAAGACAAUCCACAGUUAUUACUAAGCCAGAAGCAAAUGGUUACAGUUAUGUAGGAAAUCUAGCCAGUCUUAUCACCACCCCAGCUGUGCCUCAAUCAUUUCUUGAAGCACACACAAACUCUUUAAAAACGUCCUUAGCUCAAGAUAGGGGUGCUGCUUGUCCAAUCUGUGGUCUGUGUUAACUACACUCUGAAGUACAUACUGUCUAGAAGCCUCUCCAGUAACUUAACAUGGUUUUAUCCUACAAAUACAUCAGUGUGUCAAUCCACUACAGGGCACGUUCAUCAAGUCCUCACGCUAAAAAGCCACAAGUAAACAAAAAAACCAAACCAUCAUAAGGUUCUGGUUAGAGGAAAGAUUUAAUCAGGACAGAGAUCAUCUAAAUGCAUCUAAAAAUGCAUUUUUAUAAACUUACACAGUGAAAUCUUUUUCCAUUUUAAAA